CAAAAUUCUAUUUUAAAAUAAAAAAUAGAGGUUUUUUGCAUUUGUCCCACACUUUGACUAUUAUUGCUUUGGCCAUCGAUUAUAUGCACUAGUGAUCAUUGUCUUUUGUUGAUACUACAUAUUUCUCCAAUUAAUUAUAGGAGAUGCUAGGCAUAGCAUAGACUAGGCAUUUGGAUGUUUGGUACACUCAUUGCUCAAGCUUUUCAUCUGGAUAAGUCUUCUGAUAGAUUAAUUAUGCUGAAUUGCCAACAAGUUGAAAAUGGUGUUCACUCUGAUUCAAGUUAGGAUGACAACACACAAUCUACUCUUUACUUAUCACGUAUUCUCCUUGGUAUAGAUCCUCUCUUCUCUCAUAUGGUUUGGUUUGGACGGAGGAAACUAAUUAUGGUCUUUUUUUGUCGGCAACUAAUUAUGGGUUUGUUCGUUUCACUAGCAUUUUCUAACGUUUUCAUUUACGAGUGAUAUAUAUAUAUAUAUAUACACUUAAAAAAUCACUUUCUAAUUUGUGUGGGUCUAAGCCAAGGGUGGAAUCUUUUUGCUGUGGUUUUGGAUUGACUAGUUGCCAACGUUUUUAGUGGCAGAAAACUCAGGCUUUUAUAAAUUUAGUUGAAUUAUUCUGAUUUUGUCCAGAAAAUUUUACUAAAAAAACAAAAUUUGAAGAAAACUGUUUAAUAACUUUGAUCUGAGAUUUGGGCUACAUGUGCAAAUGUUCUUUUAUUUUUGAAACUUAUGCGCAUGUGUUCUUUAAAAGGUGAAAUCGAUAGCUCUCUUUCUUUAUCUACUCGAGAGUAUGAUUCUUAAAACUAACUAGAAGAGGGUAAAGAUAGUGAUAUGUGUGUUUUUGGGGUAUGCAUUAAUGCAUUUAACUUUGGCUAUUGAGUCCAAAUAAAUAUCACAUCUUGGGAUAAUAUAUAUUUUUGUCAACCAUACAUUUGAUAUGCACAAGUAUCUUAUUGUUAACUAUAGUAGACAAAAAUAGAUUUCCGCAAGACAUAAAUAUACAGAUUUGACAUACAAAUAUUUUCAUGUAAUUUACUUUAAUUGUUAAAAUACACUCAAUAUACAAAUGUGAUUCCCUUAGAAUACCUUUUUAUAUAUUUAGAAUUUCCAAGAAACCCUAAUGAUGUCUGCGGCACAGUUGGAUAAAUUCGCCUCUUUUGCCAUCCAACAAGUCACCGUUUCGAACCUCCCCGACGUUUUUUUUUUCUUUCUUUUUCUUCCUCUUCACUUGCUCGGAGGAUCUACAACUACAAGACGUCCUCUUUCUCCUUACCCUCCUAACUGAUCAUCACCAGGUUCUUUCUUCCCCAGUUCCGCUUCUUCUAAGAUUAGUUUCAGUUCCAAGAUUUAUCGAUUAGGAUUUAUAAGUAGUGGGUUUCGUUACUGAUGUUAAAAAGUUUCAAUCUUUUCCCACUUAGCGAGCUUGUAAUAACGUUUUGAGUUUGGUCGGAAUCCACAGUCUAAUCGAAAUCUUUAAUCCAUAGAAAAAAAAGGAAUGGACUUUGAUGACGAAGACAAGCCAAAAGAGGUCCCCAAAGCCAGGAGGUUUGCUCCUGGCCGUGCUGGGAAGCCCAAACCCAAACCUAAACCCGAACCAACUGCUUCGGAGAAAGCUGAGCCGUCUUCACAAACCGAGUCUGUGAGCAAGAGUGAGCACGACGUCGAUGCCACCAAAGUCUCUGACCAUCCCAAGGUUGAGCCUGAGGUCUUCAAUGGCGCUGUUAAGAUGGAGAUUGAUGCAAAAGUGGACAAGGAGCCGGAGACUACGGAGGUUGAGUUGAUGGAGGAAGAUCAUCAUCAGCUUCCACUGCAUCAGGAGGAGGAGAAGGAGAAGGAGAAGGAAGAAGACGUUGUUGUUCGUGAAAUUGACGUUUUCUUUAAUCCCUCUAUUGAUGCCAACACUAAGCUUUAUGUUCUACAAUAUCCUCUAAGACCGUCUUGGCGUGCUUACGAAAUGGAUGAACGGUGUGAAGAAGUUAGAGUGAAUCCUUCUACCUCCCAGGUGGAGAUUGAUUUGUCUAUGGAUGUUCAUUCGAGCAACUAUGACCCUGACUUUGGAAGUAAACUACGUAUGACUAAACAGACAUUGACAACAACAUGGAAGCAGCCUCCUACUUUGGAUUAUGCUGUUGGGGUUCUUUCAGGUGAUAAGUUACACUUGAACCCUGUUCAUGCUGUUGUUCAGCUCCGACCUUCUAUGCAGUAUCUUUCUUCCAAAAAGAAUCAAGCAGAAGCUACCGAAGAAUCUGCCGGAACUUCAAAAAGACAGAACAAGGGAGCGCAGGCUUCAACGGAUCAGAAACCAGUUCCUGAAGAAUGGGUUUCACUCAAGUAUCAUGGACUCCAAUCCGAAUAUUGCUCCAGAUACCUUAGCGGAAUGAUGGCUAAUGGCACCUCUUCAAUAGACUUCAACAUGACCCCCGAUGCUUAUAUCAACUCACUGUGCCGUGGAGAUAACAGCAGAAACUCUGAGUCAAAAAGUUUAUCAAAAAGGUUAUUGGCCUCCCUACCGCUUGAAGAACGUCUGCAAACGUUGCUCUGCCAGAAACAGGGACCACCGUUAUUUCGAUACAGUGUUCUGAAGCACUACGCCCCAGAGUUAUCAGACGAGGAGUUCUUAAAGGUCCUCCAGCAAUACGCCUGUCUAGUUCAAGGCCUAUGGACUCCCAAAACCAGGCUACUAAAGCUAGACGGCUUGGAAGGUUUCAGAGACUACGUCCUGUCCCUUUUCAGCCAGCGUCUAACCAUAAAGUACUCCGAAGUUAAAGCAAGUCGCUAUGCCGACAAGAUCAAAACCAUGUUGAAUGUAUUCGCCAAAGAACGGCCGUUGCUAUGUGAUUGGAAGUUCAAAGAGCCCACCGAUGUCUCCUUCAUCAAAUCCCACAAGAAGAUUGCAGAGGAGCAAGCAAGUUUCUGGAAGGGUAUGGAAGAGAAGUUGCAGCCAAAGAUAAUACAAGGAGGUAAAGGUAGAGGGGGUGAUAGUAACUUGAGGAAUGCUGUAGGAAAAAAUAAUCCUUCAGCUACUACAGCUAAACAAGAGGUCGCAGCAGCAACGGUCUCUGAGGUAGGAGGAAGUUCGAGAAGUGCUAUACCUCGUGUCCCUAGACAGAAGAUGCCUGAUGAGAUCAAGAGGGCGAUACCAAAGGCCUUGAAGAAGGUGUUUCAGACGCAGAAAGUUUGCAGCUACGAGACGAUUUGCCAGAGACUUAGGGAUCUUGCGGUUGCUACUUCGAAUAAUCCGAGAGUUGAUUCAGGGAUGGCGCAGCAGGUGGCGUUGGCUGUGGAUUCUUACCAAGAGGAGCUUCGAGUCGUUAUCAGUGAAGUGACUGUUGAUAUUCACGGCUCUUUUGUCUCCAAGUCGUCUCAAGACCAUCCAGAAUAUGAUCCACUAAGGGACGUGGUGAUCAAUCUCUUACUCGGGAAUCCACCUGGUGCGAAGAUUAUGAAAGCUGAUGUGUUUGCAGCAGGCAGGAGCAUACUUGGACGUGAAAUCACCAAUAAUGAAUACCAAAAGGUGAUGCACGACCUCUGUGAAACCCACUCUUCAGGAUGGGUGUUACAGAAAGCUCGUUGAGAGAAAAUGUUUAAUGAUCUUAAAGUUUUGAUAGUUUAAAUCUUUACAAUUCGGUUAGUAACUGAGAUACUUGAUUUGUCUUGCAUUGUCAUACUUUUGAACUUGGAUAUACCUUCAGUUCUAUUUUGUCUACUUUGACCUAUUUCAUCUCAGUAUGCAUAUUCAGAUAUACUUAA